GAGGAGGAAAUGACGUGACUGGGUCGCUCUCUGGACGUGAGGCCACAGCAGGACUGUCAGGGCAGCAUGGCCUGGCCACGCCUGGUUCCCCGGGGCGCCGCGCCCUCCCGCCUCAGCCACCACCACGUGGUCGUCUUCCUGCUCACUUUCUUCAGCUACUCCCUGCUCCACGCCUCGAGAAAGACGUUCAGCAACGUCAAAGUCAGUAUCUCCAGGCAGUGGGCGCCCACCGCUGCCAAUGCGUCCGCGUCAGUGGAACUGCCCGUCGAGAUCUGGAGCCGCAAUCACCUGUUCCCCAGCGCAGAGGAGGCCACGCUCUUCCUCGGGACACUGGACACCAUCUUCCUCUUCUCCUAUGCUGUGGGCCUGUUCAUCAGCGGCGUCGUCGGCGACCGGCUGAACCUGCGAUGGGUGCUGUCCUUUGGCAUGUGCUCUUCUGCGCUGGUGGUGUUCGCCUUCGGCACGCUCACAGAGUGGAUGCACUUCUACAACAAGGGGCUGUACUGCUGCCUGUGGAUUGUGAACGGCCUGCUGCAGUCCACGGGCUGGCCCUGCGUGGUCGCCGUCAUGGGCAACUGGUUCGGGAAAGCCGGCCGUGGCGUGGUCUUCGGCCUCUGGAGCGCCUGUGCCUCGGUGGGGAACAUUCUCGGCGCGUGCCUUGCCUCUUCUGUCCUGCAGUAUGGCUACGAGUACGCCUUCCUGGUGACCGCAGCGGUGCAGCUCGCUGGUGGGAUCGUCAUCUUCUUUGGGCUCCUGGUGUCCCCGGAAGAGAUUGAGCUCGCCGAGGAAGACUCGCACCGGCCGCUCAUCGGUGGGACGGAGAAUGAGGAAGAGGAUGAGCGCAGUUACUCCAUCCAGGAGGGCGCAGCCGACCCCGCCCCGCCCGCCAAGGCCAUCGGCUUCCAUCAGGCUUGCUGCCUCCCCGGCGUCAUCCCGUACUCGCUGGCGUACGCCUGCCUGAAGCUGGUGAAUUACUCCUUCUUCUUCUGGCUGCCCUUCUACCUGAGCAACAACUUCGGGUGGAAGGAGGCUGAGGCAGACAAGCUGUCCAUCUGGUACGACGUGGGCGGGAUCAUCGGUGGGAUCCUGCAGGGCCUCAUCUCCGACCUGCUGCAGAAGCGUGCGCCCGUGCUGGCCCUCAGCCUGCUCCUGGCCAUCGGCUCGUUGGUGGGCUACAGCCGCUCUCCCAACGACAAGUCCAUCAACGCCCUCCUGAUGGCCGUGACAGGGUUCUUCAUCGGUGGCCCCUCGAACAUGAUUAGCGCUGCGAUCUCUGCGGACCUGGGUCGCCAGGAGCUGGUCCAAGGCAGCAGCGAGGCCCUGGCCACCGUCACGGGCAUCGUGGAUGGGGCGGGGAGCAUGGGUGCCGCCGUGGGCCAGUGUUUAGUGUCUCUGAUCCAGGACAACUUCGGGUGGAUGUGGGUUUUCUACUUCUUCAUUGUCAUGAUCAGCUGUACGAACCUGUUUAUCUCGCCGCUCAUCGUGCGGGAGAUCCGGCAUCUCGUGCAGAGGCAGCAGACGCACGCGCUGAGCGAGUGACCGGCGCUUGCGGGACAAGCGCUGCGAGAGCCCCUCGCCCGGGCCUGGCGUUUCUUGAAAACCCCCCUCGGGGGCUGUCUCUGGAAGCCCCCGGCAUCACCAAAGCUCGGGUGUCCCCCCAUGGUGCUGAGCAGCCCUGAGGCCGGGCUGUGUUUUUACACUACAGGAAUCACUGCUUCUUCUCCUUUGGGAUUCUGGGGCCAGAGCCGGUGCCGAUCGGGGCACACUCAUGGCUCUACACUCGCGGGACCGUGCGUGGUGCCAGGGAUUGAACCCGGGCCGGCUGCAUGGCAGGCCGGCACCUCCCCCGCCGACUCUACAGGAAUCACCGUGGAUGAUUUGGAUUGCCGAUGCAGAGCGCGCUGGAUACCCUGCGUGCCUGCCCAUACUUGGGCUGGUCCUGCUCCUUCCGGUGCCGCUGGGUCUCCAGCCUGGGAGCUGCUGCUGACCAGGAGGUUCCCGUGCCGGGCCAGUGGGGCCUCUGCCAGCGGCAGGCGGCCGUGGUGGACCAGGGACCGAGAUGGACUCAUCUUGGAGGCUUCCCGUCCACUGGAGCGGCCAGGCCGGAAACAGACAUCCCGGGGGGCACGAGACUCUUGAUUUCUCUGAACUCUGGCUCACAGGUCCAGGGGCUUGGUGUGGUGUCGGUAUCUGUCUCCUGUUGCACCUUAAGUUCUCGGGGGGGGUGGGGGUGUCCCCUGCAGCAGACGGGAGGUGGAGAAAAUGGAGACCCCCCUCUUUGCAGACUUUUGACCUGUCACUGCCUCCAUCCCGGGGCUGGAGGGCCGGCCAGCAUCUCUUCCUGGGAUUGUGGACGGCACGUCUCCAGGGAGAUGAAUUUUGUCUGCUGGCUGUGGACGUUUGAAGGUCGUCCGUGCGGAGGCCUCAGAUCCUUCGGCAAGCUGGGAGGAAAGCGCGCGCGGAUUCUCUGAAACGGGGUGUGGUCACGGACUCGCUCGCGUGUUAAACUGAGCCCAGCGGAUUUCCAAUCAGCUGGCUACUGACACAAAGGGAACAUAGGAAACAGGAAGAGAAAAUAAAGCGGCUUUUGUAUCAA